UUUAGCCAGCAUUUGAUUGAAGAAUGGACGUGGAAACGGGGCUGGGCUGAUGUAGAAGCAGUUGAGGGUCUACGUUGAAUGCAGAGGAGUCUCAGACUGAGAGAGAGAGUGGAAGAGAGCAGACGCACGCAAAGAGGACAGAAAGAGAGAAAGAGAGAGAGAGAGAGGCGCAACACACUCCAGCACUGCCUGCUUUUACGCACACUGGAUGUGCGCAACAGAUCGGACUACUGGUAGAAGUCUUUUGUUUUUAAUAAGUGCAUCUCAUCCAAAAUUGCAACCUCUGAAUAUUUUUUGUCUCAAGAGGAGCAAUGCAACGAGGAGCCUAAAGCUGGGAUUGAUAUUUACUUUCGCCUUUUUGCGCCACCAAACGGACUAAAAUGAAGAUGCUCUCCCAAGUUUUCACCCUUCUGCUGCUGCCAGCACUCCACGUAACGGGUAAGACGCUGAAAUAUCAGAUUUACGAGGAGCAGAAGGUGGGCACGGUGAUAGCGCGUUUAAAAGAUGAUGUCGCGGAUGUCCUGGCUAAACUUCCAAGCUCGGUGUCGCUGCGCUUCCGCGCCAUGCAACGAGCGAGUUCAUCCUUCCUCGCCGUGCGCGAACAGGACGGAGAAAUCAGCAUCCGGUCCAGAAUCGACAGGGAGAAACUUUGCGAAAAGAAUCUCAACUGCUCGAUCCAAUUCGACGUGCUGACGCUGCCCACCGAGCACCUGCAGCUGUUCCACGUCGAGGUGGAAGUGCUUGACAUCAACGACAACGCGCCGCAGUUUGCCCGCGCGGUCAUCCCCAUUGAGAUCUCCGAGAGCGCGUCCGUGGGUGCGCGCAUUCCCUUAGACAGCGCCACGGACCCGGACGUGGGCGAGAACUCCUUGUACAGCUACGCUUCUGAGCCGAACCCAUUCUUUAAGAUUGACAUCCAGUCCAGAAGUGACGGGGCUAAAUAUGCUGAGUUGGUGGUUUUAAGAGAGCUGGACCGGGAGGUGCGCUCCACUUAUGAACUUCAAUACACGGCCUUUGACAGGGGCGUGCCAUCCCGUACUGGAACCACCCUGCUUAAAAUCCACGUUGCAGACUCAAACGACAACAGCCCGGUUUUUGACAAGUCCUCAUAUGUUAUAAAUCUUCCAGAAAAUACACCUGUUGGAACGCUGCUCAUCGACUUAAACGCCACUGAUGCAGAUGACGGCACCAACGCUAAAAUAGUCUACUCAUUCAGCAGUCACGUGUCCCCCAAAAUCAUGGAGACAUUCAAAAUUAACCCCGACAGCGGUCACCUGACUCUCAUCUCUCGCGUGGACUAUGAGACCACCGACUCCUAUGACAUUGACGUGCAAGCGCAGGACAUGGGUCCAAACUCCAUGCCGACACACUGCAAGAUCUUGGUCAAGGUGGUGGAUGUGAAUGACAACAAGCCAGACAUCAGCAUCAACAUCAUGUCCUCGCAGGGCAACGGGGACGCAGCUUAUAUAUCAGAGGCGGCCCCCCUGGAUACCUUUGUAGCUUUGGUGAGGGUGGAGGACUUGGACUCAGGUUUGAACGGAGAUGUGGAUUGCAAGCUUCACGGCCAGGGUUAUUUUAAGCUGCAGAAGACGUAUGAAAACAACUACAUGAUUCUAACAAAUGUGUCUCUAGACCGGGAGAAGAGGUCUGAGUUCAGCCUAACGGUGGUGGCAGAGGACAGAGGGACUCCCAGCCUCUCCACGGUCAAGCACUUCACUGUGCACGUCACUGAUGAAAACGACAACCCACCACGCUUUGAGAAGGGCCAAUAUGAGAUCUUUAAAUCAGAAAACAAUGCCCCGGGAGCAUAUCUGACAUCCAUCAUGGCCACAGACCCUGACCUGGAUGUUAAUGGACAGGUGAUCUACUCCAUCCUGGAGAACUCCAUUCACGGGAGCUCCAUCUCCACCUACGUCACCAUCGAUCCCUCCAAUGGCGCCAUUUACGCCCUGCGUACGUUUGACAGAGAAGAUGUUAGUCGCAUUUCCUUUGUUGUGCAAGCCAAAGAUGCUGGAAAGCCACCACUGGUCAGUAAUGCCACCAUUAUUCUGAACAUUCUGGAUGAGAACGACAACCCUCCAGUCAUUGUGGUCCCCCAGCUGUGGAACUUCAGUGCUGAUGUACCUGCGUCAAAGUUCACCGAAGCCGGGCAUCUCGUGACGACAGUCAGGGCAACUGACCGCGACACAGGAGUCAAUUCGGAGCUGAUUUGCUCCAUCGUCAGUGGUAAUGAAGAGGGCUUCUUCAUGAUUGACCCAAGAACUUGUGAAAUCCAUGCCAACGCCAGUCUGGAGAACUUCCCGCAUGAGCAUGUUGAGCUUCUGGUUGUGGUCAGAGAUCAGGGAAGUGAGAGCCUCAGUGCCAAAGCAGUUCUGAGGGUCAACCUCUAUGAGAACAUGGAGAACCACGUCCAGGUGAUGGAUCAGGGAGAGUCUGCCAUUGAUGCAUCGCUGAUCAUCAUCAUCUCUCUGGGGGCCAUCUGUGCCGUGCUGCUGGUCAUCAUGGUGAUGUUUGCUGCUCGCUGCAACAGAGAGAAGAAGGAGACAAGGCAGUCUUACAACUGCCGAGUGGCUGAGUCCACCCACCAGCACCACCCCAGGAAGCCCUCACGGCAGAUCCACAAAGGGGACAUCACCCUGGUUCCGACUGUGAAUGGCACCCUGCCCAUCAGAGCCCAUCACCGCUCGCCUUCAGCUACACCCCCCAUGGAGCGAGCCCAGAUGGGGAGCAGGCAGAAUCACCACAGUCGCCAAUCCCUCAACAGCCUGGUGACCAUCUCAUCCAAUCACAUUCCAGAGAGCUUUGCCCUGGAGCUGGCACACACAACUCCACAGGUGGAGCAAGUCUCACAGCUUCUGUCCAUGCUCCAUCAGGGCCAGUACCAACCCAGACCCAGUUUCCGUGGCAACAAAUACUCUCGCAGCUACAGGUAUGCAUUACAAGACAUGGACAAGUUCAGCCUAAAGGACAGUGGGCGUGGGGACAGCGAGGCGGGGGACAGUGAUUGUGAAAUGGGAAGAGAGUCCCCCGUGGACAGGCUGCUGCUGGGAGAGGGCUUUUCUGACCUGAUACAUCUCGAAAUGCACCACCGCCUUCAUCCAGCAAUGCGACUGUGCACAGAUGAAUGUCGGGUUCUGGGACACUCUGACCAGUGUUGGAUGCCCCCCCUGUCCUCGCCCACAUCCUCUUCAGACUACCGCAACAACAUGUACAUCCCAGGAGAAGAGUCUUCCCAGCAGCCCCAAAUCGAUGAUGACCAGUCCUCGGAGGAGUCGGAACGCCAAAAGUGUUUCUCCACUUUUGGCAAGGAGCCUGGAAGUGAGGAGGCGGGACCAAUGGGAGGAAGUGAAGCAUGUACGCCUGCAGGAGGGUCUGGCUCCCUUCUCACAGAGAUGAACAGUGUGUUCCAGCGGCUCCUCCCCCCUAAUAUGGACUCUUACAGCGAGUGCACUGAAACAAGCCCACCCUCAUCCUCGUCGACCGCCGAGAGAGGAAGCGGACGCAGCGGCAACAACGCUGUUGCUCAGGAUAGCCGUCGAGGUUUGCUGCCAGGUGGGAAGGGCCCUGCUUACCCCCCAGGGGUGGCUGCAUGGGCUGCCAAUACCCAUUAUCUCAAUCCAGGUAGCGGAUCUGUUGGAAACAACCACGUUUCCCCCGCCCCUGCCUCAUCCUCCACUUCCACUAAUGGACAGCCGCCACACCUGAAAUGGCUCCCUGCCAUGGAGGAGAUUCCGGAGAACUUUGAGGAAGAUGAAUUUGACGGUGUCUUCUAUCAGAGCCACCAGGGUGGCAAACGCAGCGAGAGCCGCCAAGAGGCCGGCGUGGACGCUAGCGAGCUUGUGCAUGAGAUAAACAAACUGCUGCAGGACGUCAGGCAGAACUAGCAAAAGUGCAAAACUCGAUCAUGACUGCUUUGUGUAACGCUUGUCUUGUGUGUUUUACCAAAUACCCUCUUGCUAAUCUGAGAGACUUGAAAAGUAAAACAAUGCACUGUCGUUGAGGUUUCUUAUUGACCUCGUAACAAACUCUACAGACAGACAAUUGUGGUUGAAUUUGGGAAGAAAAAUUCACCAAUAAACUUUUUCUUUGUAAUGUUUACAGAAGCCGGCGGGAGACGUCAACGUUUUGGUGAUGUGAUGUUUGAUUUUACAGUGAAACAGUAAAUGUACAGUGUCUGUAAGAAAAAAGACGCCUUCACUUGAAUAUUGUGCCAUGUCCCCUGUUCCGUUCUCAUGGAAUGUAACUGUACAAAUGUAGUUUUUUGUAUUUUAAAAAUACACUCUUUUGUAUAUUUAUAUGUGUCCAUGUAUGUUUGUACAGGAAAAGAAAAGAAACGUCUAUUUUUGUAUACCGUCACUGCAUGGUCUUAAUGUCCAGUGUGUGUCUCUUUGUUCUCUUUUGUAUUUAUUUUUUUUUGUAUUGAAUAUUUGUGAGAAUCAUUUGAAAUAAUCACAUUCCAGUACAGUUCCAUGUUGGAGGAUGGCUCGUAUAGUGUCCUCAUGACCAAGACAAAUAAAGAUAAAUAAAUAUGAAUGUGUUUUUUUUCUGAACAGUUAUACUGGUAUAGAUUUUCUUUUAUUACUUUGAGUAAACCAGUAAUUUGAAUACACUGAAUAGUGUUUCUCUCACGUGGCUUCAUUUAG